AUGUUUAGAAAGUAUAAAAACUCUAUAUUUUUUACCCUUUCCUGUAAAUUACAUCUCAAAAAUAAUAAUGGAAUUGGAAAAUCUAAUAACACCCCACUACAGACUCCAUUAAAUAUUGAAAAAGAAAUAUUUAUGCCUCAAGGAGAACCUGAAAUGUGUUUAUUGUGUAAUGAACCCGAACUAUUAUUUGAACCUAAUAGAGCUAACUUGGAACCAAUCACGAUAUUGACCUGUUUUUAUAGCUUCCAUCUUAGAUGUAUUAUUAUUUUUUUAAAAAAAGAUACAACAUGUCCUCAAUGCCAACAACCUAUUUAUCUUAAAGAUGAUAAUAAUACACAGAUACAUUUAAAAAAAGAAGAAUACAUAGUUGAAAAACUUUUUAAAUACUUAGCUAAAGAACCGCAAGACUUUGGUCCAUCAUCUAAGAACAUGGUUAUAGAAACAGAGAAUUCUACAUCUUCAGAAAUAGUAUUCGUUAAAAUACAUAACAAAAUAAUUCAGGCUGAAAAAAUUCUUGAAGAAAAAACAUAUGAAGUGUCCUGUGCAAAAUAUGAAGUUCUCGAUUCUUACUAUCUUCUUGGGAAAGCAUUAGUAAAAAAACUAGCUGAUUUUUUAACUAAUCAUCCUCUAACUGCUCGAACCUUGCUUAAUGUAGAAAUUAAACGUCAAUUUCCCUUUGAUAUGUCUCAUAAUGUCUUUAACAAGAAGAAACGUUCCACUAUAAAUAUUUAUAAGAUAUUCAGUACAGAAGGUUUAGGAAAAGAUAAUAUCAAGCGAAUUAGAAAAUUUACCCCAUCAGCUUUUGGAAGAUUUAAUGAUAAAGAAAUGAAAGUUAUUCAAGAAAGAGUUAGAACUACUUUUUCACAACCGAAUAAGCUUGAAAACCAAUUGGAUAAUUUAGAUCUAAAUGAGGAGAGAGACCCAAUGCUAACUGAUUGA